GCCCCAGGGGCUGACGGGAGUGGCGGCCGCGCGGAGGAGGCCAAGAUGGCGGCAGCUGCGGCUUCGCUUCGCGGGGUAGUGUUGGGCCCGCGGGGCGCGGGGCUCCCGGGCGCGCGUGCCCGGGGUCUGCUGUGCAGCGCGCGGCCCGGGCAGCUCCCGCUACGGACACCUCAGGCAGUGGCCUUGUCGUCGAAGUCUGGCCUUUCCCGAGGCCGAAAGGUGAUGCUGUCAGCGCUGGGCAUGCUGGCGGCAGGGGGUGCGGGGUUGGCUGUGGCUCUGCAUUCGGCUGUGAGUGCCAGUGACCUGGAGCUGCACCCCCCCAGCUAUCCGUGGUCUCACAGUGGCUUCCUCUCUUCCUUGGACCACACCAGCAUCCGGAGGGGUUUCCAGGUAUAUAAGCAGGUGUGCUCCUCCUGCCACAGCAUGGACUUCGUGGCUUACCGACACCUGGUGGGCGUGUGCUACACGGAGGAUGAAGCUAAGGCGCUGGCUGCGGAGGUGGAGGUUCAAGACGGCCCCAAUGAAAAUGGGGACAUGUUCAUGCGGCCAGGGAAACUGUUCGACUAUUUCCCAAAACCAUACCCCAACACUGAGGCUGCUCGAGCUGCCAACAACGGAGCAUUGCCGCCUGACCUCAGCUACAUCGUGCGAGCUAGACAUGGUGGUGAGGACUACAUCUUCUCCCUGCUCACGGGCUACUGCGAGCCACCCACCGGGGUGUCACUGCGGGAAGGUCUCUACUUCAACCCCUACUUUCCUGGCCAGGCCAUUGCCAUGGCCCCUCCCAUCUACACAGAUGUCUUGGAGUUUGACGAUGGCACCCCAGCUACCAUGUCCCAGAUAGCAAAGGACGUGUGCACCUUCCUGCGCUGGGCAUCUGAGCCAGAGCACGACCAUCGAAAACGCAUGGGGCUCAAGAUGUUGAUGAUGAUGGCUCUGCUAGUGCCCCUGAUCUACACCAUAAAGCGGCACAAGUGGUCAGUCCUGAAGAGUCGGAAGCUGGCGUAUCGGCCGCCCAAGUGACCCUGUCCAGUGUCUGCUUGCCAUCCUGCCAGAACAGGCCCUCAAGCCCAAGAGCCAUCCCAGGCCUGUUGAGGCCUCAGCUGGCUAACCCCCUCUUCGUCUGGAAAAAGGCAAGGGGACAGGAGACCAGGCCCUAGCUCUGGGCCCUCCGUCAGCCCCCAUCAUGGGAAUAAAUUAAGUUUCUCAAUGUA